UGAGGCAGCAGAAGGAAACGCGCUCAACAUUUGCGCUCCGAUCCUCCAGCGCGACGCGUCUCUUUCCCACUCGCAGGAAUAAGCACAUCACUCCGAUCGCUUCAGCUCUGUGUGGAUGUGCCUUUAACACCGAGCGCCUCAGAUUCAGAUUCGCAGAGCGCCGCUGGUCUCCGUCGGGUCCGUUUGGAUGCUGGACCCCGGAGCCGCGUCCUUCCCAACAGGCUGAGCACGAUGCCCGGACAUCACUGGAUAUAAAUGACAGAUCCAAGUGUGUGUGACUUCAGUGCACCGAACCAGAGGCUGCAUGGGAGAUGAACGCAGCCGCCAAACAUCAGCCUGAUCUGCUAGAGAGACCCGCCAGCCUCCUGGUGCCAACAUGGAUGAAAACCGGACUUGCCCUUUUGUACGAUGAGCACACAAGUAACACAUACGACGUUCGUUUAAAGUUAACGAAAGAGCUGUUAAUCAUACAGAAGCAGGAUGUUGUUUGCGUGAGCGGCGGUGACUCCCAUCUAAAUCACAGAACUGUUGUACUUCGAAGACAGCUGACUGGAGGUCUCGGUCUGAGUAUCAAAGGGGGAGCAGAACAUAAAGUGCCUGUGGUCAUCUCAAAGAUUUUCAAAGAUCAAGUAGCCGAUCAGACGGGGAUGCUGUUUAUCGGUGACGCCGUGUUGCAGGUCAAUGGCAUCAACGUGGAGAAGUGUACACACGAGGAAGUCGUUCAUCUUUUGCGGACGGCGGGGGAUGAAGUCACCAUCACUGUACGCUACCUCAGGGAAGCGCCGGCCUUCUUAAAACUCCCAUUAGGUUCACCAGGACCGUCCAGCGAUCAGAGUAGCAGGGCGUCCUCGCCGCUUUUCGACAGUGGUUUGCAUUUAAAUGGGAACUCGAGCAACACGGCCCCGUCGUCGCCCUCCUCACCUUCGGCUAAUGAACCAAAGUAUGAGAAGCGCUGGCUGGAUGCCGUCAGCCUCCCUCUGUUCAUGGCUCGAAUCUCUCGACGCAAAGCUGCAACCGACAAAUUAAGAUCGAACAGUUUUGAAGUCAUUGCCUUAGAUGGAGUUUGCACGCACCUUCUUCAAUUUUGCACUGCAGCUGAAAGCACAGACUGGCUUCAAGCAAUAUCAACCAAUAUCAACGAUUUGACCCAGGAGAGCAUAAAAACGGCGAAUAAAUACUGUUCUCCUGAUGAUCAGAUUGUCCACAUGGGUUGGGUGUGUGAACACCUGCAGGGCCGCGACGUCGAGCCCCUUCACAGCUGCAGGUUCCUGGGGCUGAGAGGAUCUUCUCUCCUCGUUUUCAGGAGUCCUCCUAUCUUGGCAUCAGACUGGGCUCAAGCAGAGGCUAGUUUUCACCUCUGUGAGGUUCUCUUUAAGGUUCAUAAGCUGUGGAUAGCUGAAGACUGCUGGAUACAGACCAAGUUUUAUCUGGGGCUCCUGCAGGACGGUGAGCUGCGGGACAGUGAACCCUUCUGCUUCAGUGUGCUGGUGGGUCACGGCCAGAGCUUCUGCUACAGCGUGGAGCUGGGCUCCGAGCUGGUGCUGUGGGAGAAAGCCUUCCAGAGAGCCGUCUUCAUGGAGGUGCAGAGAGUGCGGGGCAUCUAUUAUGAAGUAUAUGCUAACAUAAGUUCACGGGAUGAAGGGGAUUUAAGUCUGAGCAGCUCCGGAGACUCGCGUUACUCACAUUUAAGUCGUCUUAAAUACCACCCGGGGUCAAACGGAGAGCGUCACAAUGCUCGUUUCCGGCGAUAUCCCAACGCCUGCUGCAGUGUUCAGUCCGGUGCUCUUCAGGGACUGUGCAUCGGUCAAGGCCACUGUAAUGUGAUUGCGAGGAAAACCAUCUGGAAAUACAAAUUCUCCCAGCUGAAGGGUUCAUCGGAUGACGGCAAGACACGAGUGAAGCUCCUGUUCCAGAAUUCAGAGAAUAAACAGAUCGAAAUGAAGGAGCUGGAGUUUGCCAAUCUGACGGCUGUGCUUCAUUGCAUUCACUCGUUCAUCGCUGCUAAAGUGGCCACGGUGGAUCCCGUCUUUGUCAACAGUCAAAGUCUCACGCAGAAGUACAUGUGCAGCAGCUAGAAACAUCCGUGUGUGACGGACAUGUACAGUCUCAUCUGGUUCUCUGAUUUUAUGCACAAUAUAUCUAGUUCUUGUUAUUUUUGUACGAAUCUUCUAAAUUCAGAGCGACGUUUAAGGAGCACUUUGAGUUGAUGAUAUUUUGACAUGCUUUGAGUUAUGAUUUCUUUCUUACCUACUAACACGAUCAAUCAUAUGCUUACACUGAUUAUGUAGCAAAGCAAAUGUUGACAUACGGCAUUAUGAGUUGAUGCAUGAACUGCAUUUGACAAUUUACAGGGCAAAACGGGUGAAACUGAGACUUCCAGCUGUAAAAUCAACCAAACUAGAUGAAUUUGUGUUCUUUUGCCCUUUUGUUUUCUAUUCAUCACCUCAAACCUCUUCAUUUAGCACAAAUAGUAAUAACAAAAUGAUGGUUUUCUCCAUUUGAAUUAAAGUGUUAAACUGAUUUGAUACGUGUUAUUAUGAAGUAGUGGUUUCAUUAACAGUAAAUAGACAGUCUUGCCAGCUACUGUCCUCGAAAACUGACAUUUUCUAAAAAUCAAGGUCCCUGAUCUACUCUUCUAUUUAGUUUGAUGUUAUUCUAGUUCUUUUCUAAAUAAAGGAAUGAUUAGUUCACUG